AUGCCGACGACAAACGACAAGUUUAUUUUCGUCAACGCCCCCACCAUCAUCAAUGCUGGGCCCCGCGAUGCCCGUCGCCAGCUGCGGUCGCAGCUGAUGCGUCGUGUUUAUCUGAAGAAAUACAAAGAACCUUCCUCGCGCAGCGACGACAAUGUCGUCGACACAAUCGAAAAGACUCCCAAGCCAGAGCAUCCCGAUAUCGACGUUUCAUCCAGUGAUACUAGCAGUCCACAUCUACCCUCCCAGCACUGGAGCAACAAUAGUUCACAGGCUCGUCCGCAAUUGGUCUUGCCAUCCGAAUCCAAGCUCCUAACCCCACCCUCCGAUGGAGAUAGUGACGAUGGGUGCGAUCAAUGUGGUCAGGUUUGUGACUUCCCAGGUCGUUGUCACCCAAUUCAACCGGAUGCAGAGAAGGAAGAGGCCCCAAGGCAGCAACAAACCCAUUCUAGGGUCUAUGAGAACUCUUUGCAGACCUUCGGCGCCGCCAAGUUCAAUCCUUUUCUCGCCACCGAACAUGCUGCGAACGCGCCGAAUUCUCAAAUGCUGAUCCAUUAUUAUUCAACCAACCUCAUACCUUCCCUACGAGCUGGAGAGGAUUGGUCAUUUGGUAUUCACACCGAAUAUAUGCAGAUGCUGGCAGACCCUCUGAUUUUCUAUACGUGCUGCCUUGGCGCUGCUGUUCAUUUCGAUAAGACACUAAUGUGGAGCAAUGGUGUCGAUGCCGGCCAUGAACGUCGGAUGGUUGAACAAAGCUUUUAUCGCUACAAUGCUGUACGCGCUCUACGUCAAGUUCUUGCUCAUCCAGACCUAGUAAUAGGCUCUCGUCUAUUCGACGCCGUUCUUGUUGCUAUCUGCAUGCUAGCAAUCAAUGAUAGCCAGGGCGAAGCUUCCCGCAGCGUCCAAAUUGAUCACAACCCUUUUACUCAACCUCUCCCGACAUUAGGGGCUCUCAAUGUGUACGGCCAUCAACCGGUGCACUAUAUCCAUUGGAAUGCCUUGCUGGGGCUCGUGAAACAACGCGGUGGUUUCAUGAAACUGAAUACGUACGCGGGAAAGUUUAACCUCUCAUACACCGCUAUUAAAUACGCUUUACACACAUUCACAAAACCAGCAUUUCCUAUAUGUAAUCACAAGGACGAAGAUUUGACAAGCUCUACCCCGCUAGAGAUUCUUGGAAUGACCUUAUCCCAGUUACCUCCCCAUACAGGGGACGGUUUCCGCAAUCUGCAAACACAGCUGAUUCAAGAGUCGGUUCUCCUCCCUUUCAUCGAGCUCGCUGAGCUUGCCCAGAGUAUAAAACUGUUGGGACCUCGAUGUGAGGAUCCCAUCAAAAGAGAUCUCGUCGCCGAUGCGCGUAAUUUAGUUCAAUACCGAUUCGAAAGUCUGCCAAACUUGACGGAUGAUCCCAUGCUUGUCGUCGAUAUUUCCCUUGCUGGUGACGUACCGGUUAGGGACAGUUUGAGUCUCGUUAACUCGACAUUCGCUGUCUACAGCCUGUGUUGGCUUUCUGCAUUAUUGUUCACCACCCACAUUACCUUUGCCGUUCCUUCAUCGCGACGUUUUCGGGUGAACACUGUCUUCCAGCUUCAGUCAGCGAUGACUGCUUCCAGCCCUGUCGCGCAGAAUAAUCCAUAUGUGUUGAGACUCCAGCUUUGGGCCAUGGUUCUUGGCGGUAUUGCUGCUGAAGAUGUUGAUCUUAGUCUUCGGGAUUGGAUGGCUCUGCAAAUUCGGGAUCUGUGUACAAAACUUCAACUACGAAACUGGCACGAAGUGAGCAAGGUUAUGAGUACAUUUGCUUGGAUGGAAUCUGCCUGUGAUCAGCCUGGAAGAAGACUUUGGGCCCAGUUGGGGUAUGUGACAUGA